AUGUUCGGCCUCUUACCCGACCUGACACCACGAGACUCGCACUCGAUCUGGUACACCUCUUCCCGGAAUCCCGUCACACAAGCCGCCCUCCUCGAAGCCCACGACCAGCGCGACAACAACCAUGGCGGCCCCUCCCAACAACAGCAACAACACAACUCCUCCUCCCGCCGCGCGGGCCAGCUGCUCAUAGAGCGAUCGGCGCUCGCGCGCCUCCGUGCCGACGAGCAGCAGAUGGACCGCCGGCGACUGCACGUCCAGAAUUUCGGCAGCACAUGGCUGAAGCCCCCCGGCGUGCCCAAGAGCCUGCACCAGAUCCGCGAGGAGAGGCGCGAGCAGGAGGAGCACGCCGAGGCGAUGAGGCGGGAGCAGCUCGCGCAGGAGCUCGCGGAGGCCGAGGCCGCGGGGCAGGACGGGCUCGAGGACGUUGUCGAAGGCGAGGAGGCGGGCGAGGAGGGAGAAGAGGCGCGGGACCUGGACGAUGAGAUUCCGGACGCCGAGGAGAGUUUUGGGUUUGACGAGGAGCUCGAGGCCUCGGGCCAGGGCCACAUGCUCGACGAGGAGGACCUCGUCGCGCCCGGCGCGGGCGGCGGGGCCGGUGACGACCUGGGCAUGGACAUGGACGCCGACCUCGACGACGAGAUCCCCGAGGCCGGAGAGCUGAGCGGCGUGUACGAGCACACGGACUCCGAGGCCGACGUGAGCCUGAGCAGCAGCAGCGACGCGCGCGGCGCGAGCUCCGACGAGGAGGACGAGGACGAGGACGAGGAAGGGGACAUUAGCUUCGCGCCGCGGGCUGCGCCGUUGAGGCCGCCGCUCAGCCCGACGGGCGACCGCGGGCGGGGGCCGCGGAGCAGCAUGGACCUGAGCGGGCUGCUGUCGGCGGACGGGAGCAGCAUGAUGGACAGCAGCCCGAACGUCAGGGCGCAGAGACGUUGA